GCUAGACCUUACCUUAAUUAAUUAAUUAGAAUUUAGAAAGAAAUAAAUAGGAGAGGGUGAUGGUUUUGAUCUGAAAUUCUGAAUAGAUAGCGAUUACGGUGGUGUGCGAUUGAAGAAAAGAAAAGUAUAUUGUGAGGGUGUUGGAAAUUGAAAGAAAAAGAAGGUGGUAGGGUUUGUAUUGUGAAUUGUAAUAUAGCGAUGAGUGAGAGUAACGGGAACAGCAAGAGGAGAAAUGUGGAAGAUCAAGAUCUGGGACUGUACUUCUUGGAGGCGUGUAGGGAUAGGGAAAUGAAAGAGGGAGUGAUGGAGGAAGAGGAAGAGGCACCGAGGGAGCUGAACACGAUUAACAGCUCUGGUGGUUUCGUGGUGGUGUCAACUGACAAGCUGUCAGUCAAGUAUACGAGCGUGAACCUUCACGGCCAUGACGUGGGUGUGAUUCAGGCCAACAAGCCUGCUCCUACGAAGCGCCUCAUUUACUAUUUCGAGAUUCACGUCAAGGAUGCGGGCGUUAAGGGCCAGAUUGCCAUUGGCUUCACCUCUGAGACCUUCAAGAUGCGAAGACAGCCAGGGUGGGAGGCCAAUAGCUGCGGCUACCACGGCGAUGAUGGUCUGCUUUAUCGUGGACAUGGCAAGGGGGAGGCCUUUGGCCCAACCUUUACAUCUGGUGAUGUAGUUGGUGCCGGAAUUAACUAUGCCGCCCAUGAAUUCUUUUUCACGAAAAAUGGCCAAGUCGUUGGCUCUGUUUACAAAGACAUGAAGGGCCCCCUUUUUCCAACCAUUGCUGUUCAUAGCCAAAAUGAAGAGGUACAUGUCAACUUUGGGCAGAAACCAUUCACUUUUGACCUAAAGGAAUUUGAAGCACAAGAAAGAAUGAAGCAGCAACUGAAAAUAGAGGAAAUUUCUGUGCCACCAAAUGUCAGUUAUGGAAUUGUUCGCUCCUACCUGCUACACUAUGGCUACGAAGAUACAUUAAAUUCAUUUGAUGUGGCUAGUAAAAGUACUGUUCCUCCUAUAUACAUAGCCCAAGAAAGUGGAAGUGAUGAUCAGGAAAUAACAUAUGCUUUAAACCACAGAAAGACUCUACGGCAGCUAAUUAGGAACGGGGACAUUGAUGUUGCAUUUGGUAAAUUGCGUGAAUGGUAUCCACAGAUUGUUGAGGACAAUACGUCAGCUACAUGUUUUCUGCUUCAUUGCCAAAAAUUUAUCGAAUUAGUUCGGGUUGGAGCACUUGAGGAGGCUGUCAAAUAUGGAAGAAUAGAAUUGACAUGUUUUUUUGGGUUGCCUGUCUUUGAGGAUUUAGUUCAGGACUGUGUUGCUUUGCUGGCAUAUGAACAGCCUCUGGAAUCCUCCGUAGGUUAUCUUCUGAAAGACUCGCAGCGUGAAGUUGUAGCUGACACAGUAAAUGCCAUGAUAUUGUCCACAAAUCCGAAUACGAAAGAAUCUAAACAUUGCUUGCACUCCUAUCUUGAGAGGUUACUUAGACAGCUCACUGCUUGCUGCUUAGAGAGACGAUCGUUGAAUGGAGAGCAGGGAGAAGCUUUCCAACUUCAUAGAGUGCUUAGCAGUAGUAAAAGAGGCUAGUGCUAGGUAAUAUAUCUAUUGAUCUUCUCAUAUUACUGUUCAUAUGUCUAUUGAUCUUACGCCGUUGUUCAUAUUGCCCCGGGAUUUGUAACAAUGCCAAGUGAUCAAAUUGAUCUUAGGGUCUCAUAUACGUGUCCCCCAUCCAUUUACUAGAUGCAUGCGUAUUCAUUUCUUUGGCAAGAAAAAGGGGAGGGGGUGUCUCUAUGCAUUCAAUCUUGUAACCUCAUCAUCAUUAAACAAUGAAAAGGAAAAAUGAAUCCAGCAAUGAUUUCAAGUUGAAAAAAUUGUUGACAUAUAAAUUUUAACGA